AUGGGAUCCGUCAGCAAAGCAUACAUUGUCACUGGGGGAAGCUCAGGAAUCGGCCUCGCUGUUGUCCAGGCCCUUCUCGCCAAAGAUGCUGUUGUUCAUGUUAUCGAUAUAGCUCCAAAUAUUCCCAAACCUCUUCUGGAAGCCGAGCAGAGCGGUAGAGUCUACGUUCACCAAGGCAUCGACGUUAGCUCGCGCGCACAAGUUGACAAGACUUUCAAAGCAAUCCUCGAUCGCUCCCCCCGGAUUCACGGCCUCGUGAACAGCGCUGGAAUUAUUUCAGAGAGCCUCGACGGUUUGAAUCUCCCGGAAUCUGAUGAAUCGUUUCGGCGCGUGAUGGAGGUCAAUCUUUUCGGAACCUGGAUUGCAGGGACCGCGUAUCUGAACCACAUCUUGGAUUGCAAUCCAAGCCUGCGCAGUUCACCCGACGAAAUGGAAGUGAGAGAAGGACUUGGGAGCAUCGUGAAUCUGGCUUCUGAAUCGAUCCUCAGAACAGAUCCAGGAAUGGCUUCGUAUAAUACGAGCAAACACGCCGUGGUCGGCUUGACGAAGUCGUGGGCGAAAGACUUUGUCAGGCGCGGAGUGCGUGUCAAUUGUGUUGCUCCUGGGAUGACAGACACUCCAAUGAUUCAAAAUGAGAGUAUUCCUCCGGAGAUGGUGGAAGAGUUCAUCAAUACGGUGCCCUUGAAGCGGCCUGCUAGGCCGGAAGAGGUUGCUCAGCUCAUCGUCUUUCUGCUGGAGCCGACGUCGUCUUACAUGACCGGACAGACUAUCCCAAUCGAGGGUGGUAUUACCAUUUAG